AUGACUUGGCGAACAAAGGCGGAAUUUCUCCCCGCAAAACCCCCCGCCAACGCUCGAUGCCAUCGCAUCGACUUCACCCAGUCCGACCCACCGCUGCCUGAAUACAAGGAGCUUUGCGCUGCAGUCAUUGACAAUGCAUUCACCAAGGAGGAAUGCGACGAGUUUCUUCGUCUAGCCGAGGCCAGCACCGUCCCGUCAACGAAGCCCGGGGACCGGACCGUCGCCGCCGCCGCCACCGCCGAACCCACCUGGGAGCGCGCCAUGAUCAACCUGGGUAACGGCAAACAGGCGCUCGCGGUGGACACACGCAACUGCGGGCGAAUCAUCUACGACUCGCCUGAGUUGGCCGACAAAUUGCUGGCCCGGUUGCGGCCCUUCUUACAGGAGCUGGGGGGCAUCGAGGUGAUCGACAAUCAGCCCCGGGUGACGGGCCUGGCCGGUCGCAACGUCGUCUACCGACUCACCCGUCUCAACGAGCGACUGCGCUUUCUGAGAUACGAAGGGGGGGAAUACUUCCGACCGCACUGGGAUGGACACUACCGGACGCCGGACGGGCGCGAGACCUCGUACUACACGGUGCACCUCUAUUUGAAUGGGGAUGGGGAGCAGGAUCGCGCGGAACUGAUGCGGGAGAUCAAGCGCCUGGAAAAAGGCGAGGGCGUUGUGAAUCUGGACACGAAAGGAUCUCUGCUGGGCGGUGCGACCUCCUUUCUGCCUCGGUUCGAGGAGAAGGAGCGCCAUCUUCGCAUCUUUCCCCGGACGGGGUCGGUGCUGGUGUUUCAGCAGAAUGAUUUGCUGCAUGGCGGGGAUCCUGUGAUACGUGGGGUCAAGUAUACGAUGAGGACGGAUAUCAUGUUUCGAAGGGAUUGA